UAAACAGCUAGAUAUUAUCAUCCCCCCUCACGGAUCCGCAGUCGAACAACCAAGGUAAACGGAACGAGAAUAUUUGAGACAUAAGAGAGAAAUUCAUACCGAACGAUGGGUCUUUCAUAUAAUACGUACUUAACCAGCGAUAAGAUCUACGGCUGCAAAAACUGCAAGACGCAUUUAAGCACGCACGAGGAGAUUAUUUCACGAGUAAGUUAUUCUCUUCUUCUCUGGGACUUCAACACCUCAUCUUCCUAGUCCUUUCAUUGUCCCCUUCCUUUUCUCUCUCCUCCUCUCUCACAUAUAUCACUAAUACUAAUAUCUCUCUCUUCCCCUCGACAGAAUUUCCGCGGCCAACAUGGCAAAGCCUAUCUCUUCGGUACCGUGGUCAAUAUCGUCCCCGGCGAACCCUCCGAACGCAAUAUGACGACGGGCCGCCAUAUCGUGCGAGAUAUCACUUGUAAACGGUGUAAUGAGACGGUGGGCUGGAAAUACGAUAAGGCGUAUGAGGCGAGCGAGAAGUAUAAGGAGGGGAAGUUUAUUUUGGAGGCGGAGCUGUUGUGUAAUGUUAGUUAGGGGUUGUUGGGGUGAGGAGCUGUAUGGUGGAGUUCUUUUGCAGGGGCACCUGAGAGAGCGAGAGAUGG